GCCACUUUCCCAUCGCCAGCGUGUAGCGGCCGCCACGGCUGUAGCCGGAGGGCGGGGAGAGGGGAACAAACAAAGUUCCAGGCGCCGCGGCCGCGGGAGCGCUCGCGGCCCGGGCGCCGCCUGUCCCGCCGCCUCUCGCUCGCUUGGUCGGAGGGAAGCAGGCGCGCGGCGAGCGGCGAGCGCCAGCCCUGCCCGGAGCCUCCGCCGCGUCCUGUCUCACCUACAAACAAAGGGGAAAUCCCGGGGGCCAAAGCAGCAGCCGCUUGUACAAAAAGUUGCUGAGAGCCCGUCUGCAAAGGGGGGAAGCUGCAGCCGCUUCCUACUGCCGAGGGAGGCGGCGAGAGGGCGGAGGAAGGGAAGGGAAGGGGGGGAGAUUAAGCAGGAAUUCUUCAGCCGGACCCGCUUUUGGUUAUUUUUUCGUUGGUUUGUUUUGCGCCCGCUGCCGCUUGUCCCGUCCCGGUCCCGGCGGUGGGAAGCCCGGCCGGGCGAAGGGGAGAGGAGCUGCAGCCCGGGGCGCCGCACGCUGAGCUCGCGCUCUCUGGCCCCGGGCGUGGGGUGCAGCGGGGGGCUGGGCACGCCGUGCGGGAGGUAUUGAUUGUAAACCAGUCCUGUCCAUAGAAACUGUUUUUCGAAGGGUUUAGAUUAUACCAGAGAAGAAUUUCAAGGAUGUCCAAGGUUUCAGAUCAAGAGGAAGGACCUAGUGGAGGACACAAUGAAUUCAGUGAUAUCAUUAAGUCCAGAUCUGAUGAACACAAUGAUGUACAGAAGAAGACCUUUACAAAAUGGAUAAAUGCUCGCUUUUCCAAGAGUGGGAAGCCACCAAUUAAGGAUAUGUUCACAGAGCUCAAGGAUGGAAGGAAGCUCUUGGAUCUUCUAGAAGGGCUCACAGGAAAUCCAUUGCCCAAAGAACGUGGUUCCACAAGAGUACAUGCCCUAAAUAACGUCAACAGAGUACUACAAGUUUUACAUCAGAACAGUGUGGAAUUGGUGAAUAUAGGAGGGACUGACAUUGUUGAUGGAAAUCACAAACUGACGCUGGGAUUAUUGUGGAGCAUCAUCUUGCACUGGCAGGUGAAAGAUGUCAUGAAGGACAUCAUGUCAAACUUGCAGCAGACAAACAGUGAGAAAAUCCUGCUGAGCUGGGUUCGGCAAUCCACAAGGCCUUACAGUCAGGUCAAUGUUUUGAACUUUACCACAAGCUGGACUGAUGGACUUGCCUUUAAUGCUGUGAUCCACAGACACAAACCUGAGCUCUUCAGUUGGGAUAAAGUUAAUAAAUUGACCCCAACUGAGAGACUAGAACAUGCUUUCACCAUAGCCAAAAACCACCUGGGAAUAGAAAAAUUAUUAGAUCCUGAAGAUGUUGCUGUACAGCUUCCUGACAAAAAAUCUAUCAUCAUGUAUUUGACCUCUUUGUUUGAGGUCCUUCCUCAGCAAGUCACCAUGGAAGACAUCCGUGAGGUGGAGACUCUGCCAAGGAGAUACAAAAAGGAAUGUGAAGGAGGAGCAUUUAAUAUACAGCAAAGUGCAACACCUGAAGAGGAGCAUGAAGGUUCUAGAGCAGAAACCCCUAGCACUGUGACUGAGGUGGAUAUGGACUUGGACAGCUACCAAGAAGCUCUGGAAGAGGUCCUCACCUGGUUGCUUUCAGCAGAAGAUACAUAUCAGCAGGAUAACAUAUCUGGUGAUGUUGAAGAAGUUAAGGAGCAGUUUGCUACCCAUGAAGCUUUUAUGAUGGAGCUUACUGCGCACCAGAGUAGUGUGGGUAGUGUAUUGCAGGCUGGGAACCAAUUGAUAGCACAGGGCAAUCUAACAGAGGAAGAGGAGAAUGAGAUCCAGGAACAAAUGAAACUGCUAAACUCUCGAUGGGAAGCUCUCAGAGUGGACAGCAUGGACAGGCAAGCUCGCCUGCAUGAUGUGUUGAUGGAACUGCAGAAGAAGCAAUUGCAGCAGUUGUCUGACUGGCUGACAGUCACAGAAGAGCGCAUUCAAAAGAUGGAAUCUCAGGCCUUAGCUGAAGAUUUAGAGUCACUUCAAAAACAGAUAGAAGUACAUAAAGGGCUGCAGAAUGAUCUUGAGAUAGAGCAGGUUAAGGUAAACUCACUGACCCACAUGGUGGUGAUUGUCGAUGAAAAUAAUGGUGAGAGUGCCACAGCUGUACUGGAGGAACAACUGCAGAGACUUGGUGAGCGUUGGACAGCAGUUUGUCAUUGGACUGAGGAACGUUGGAUGAAGCUGCAAGAUAUUCAGAUACUGUGGCAGGAGUUGGUGGAAGAGCAGUGCUUGUUGAAAGCUUGGUUAACUGAAAAAGAGGAGGCUUUAAAUAAAGUCCAAACAAGGAACUUCAAAGAUCAAACAGAGCUGAGUGUGAAUGUUCGAAAACUGGCUAUUUUGAAGGAAGAUAUGGGAAUGAAGCGUCACAUGCUAGAUCAGCUAAGUGAGGUUGGUCAGGAUGUGGCACAGCUCCUUGGGAAUAACAGGGCUUCAAGAAAAAUUGACGGUGAUUUGGAGGAACUAACUCAGAGGUGGGACAGUUUAGUUCAGAAGCUUGAGGACUUCUCUAAUCAGGUAACACAGGCUGUGGGAAAUAUAAGAGUGUCCCAAGUUUCACAGAAGACAGAUACUGAAAUGAUUUCUGUAAAGGAGCAGGUAAUGGUAAAACAAUCCAGACAGGAACUACCACCACCUCCACCACCAAAGAAAAGGCAGAUACCCGUGGAUAUUGCAGCCAAAAAAAGGUUUGAUGCUGAAAAUGCUGAGCUGUUGAAUUGGGUUUUGAAAUCAAAAACUGCCAUUCAGGCCAUAGAGAUCAAAGAAUACAAGAAGAUGAGAGAGACUGCAAACAUGAAAGAGAAGUUGAAGGCCCUAGAAAAAGAAAUGGCCGAAAAAAGCCAGAUGAUAGAUGAUCUGAGCCAAAGUGGACAGAAUCUGUUGGAUCAAAUGGGAAAGGAGGAACUUUUUACUGAGGAUGUGAAAAGUGCCCUGGAGCAGAUAUUGACAGAGUGGAAAGAGGUGAUCAGGCAUCUGGAGGAACUGGCAAGAAAGAUACAAUACCAGGAUGAAAUAAACACAUACUUUAGGGAAAUGGGUGAACUUGAGAAGCUUAUAAAUGAGAAGGAGGUGUGGCUAAAAAAUGCCACUUCAGCAUUGCAACAACCAUCUUUAACAGCCCUAAAAGAGUCAUGUCAGCGGGAGCUCACUCAUCUGUUAAGUCUGUGCCCUCAAAUUGAACAUCAGACUGCUACCUCUAAGGUGCUCACAUCCCAACCUGCUGCUCCAAAUUUCAUCCAAGACAGCUUGAGCAGUUUUAGUGAUCGCUUCAGAUCUGUCAAACAGAAACUGGAAGAAUGGCAUCAGCAGCUGAAGAAAGAGCUAGAAUGCCAGCCUAGCCAGGAUUACUUGGACACUUUGAAGAGACUGAAGGAUAUAUUGAAUGAAUUGGAGAGUAAAGUACAGUCCAUCAUGAGUGCCGCAAGUGACCCAAGUAGGGUUGAGAGAGCCUUGCAGCAGACAAAGACUGUUUGUGAAACAAUAGAAGGCCAGAAACCCACCGUAGAUAAACUUGCUGCAGAAACAAAAGCUUUGGAAAAACAUGCUUCCUUUGAUAUAGCAAAGAUCUACAAGCAAGAGUUCAAGCGUGUACAGGAGCAAUGGGACAAGUUAAAGGUCAAGUUUUCUAAUGAUGUUCACUUACUGGAGGAAAUUGUCUCUAAACUGAGAAUAUUUCAGGCUGAUUCAAAAAUCAUUCAGAAGUGGAUGGAUGGUGUGAAGGACUUCUUAAUUAAAGAACAGGCUAUCCAAGGAGAUUCUGAAGGGCUUCAAAGACAGCUUGACCAAUGCACAAUGUUUGUUAAUGAAAUGGAAAAGACUGAGCUGACUUUGAAAGAGAUGAAAGAAGUAGAAUCCACUUUAAGAAGCCAGCCUGUUGUAGGAGUUGAUACCUGGAUAAAGUCUAGGCUAUUCGACUGUGAGGCACAAUGGGAGAAAAUGAGCAAACAGAUUGUUAGUCAAAAAAAUCGGUUGUCUGAAAGUCAGGAAAAAACUGUAAACUUGAAGAAGGAUUUGGCAGAGAUGCAAGAAUGGAUGACGCAGGCUGAAGAGGAGUACUUGGAGAGAGACUUUGAGUACAAAUCUCCAGAAGAACUAGAGAAUGCUGUAGAGGAAAUGAAGAGAGCGAAAGAGGAUGUGUUGCAGAAAGAAGUGCGCGUGAAGAUUUUGAAAGACAAUAUCAAGGUGUUAGCUGCUAAAGUGCCAUCUGGUGGUCAGCAUUUGACUUCCGAACUUAACAUUGUGUUGGAGAACUACCAACUACUGUGUAAUCGGAUCCGGGGGAAAUGCCACACUUUAGAGGAGGUAUGGUCCUGUUGGGUUGAGCUGCUUCAAUAUCUGGACCUAGAAACUGCUUGGCUAAACUCUUUAGAGGAAAGGGUGCAAAGCACAGAAAACCUACCUGAUAAAUUGAAUGCUGUCAAUGAAGCUCUUGAGUCCCUGGAAUCUGUUCUGCGUCAUCCAGCUGAUAAUCGAACCCAGAUUCGGGAGCUUGGUCAGACGUUGAUUGAUGGAGGGAUUCUUGAUGACAUCAUCAGUGAAAAACUGGAGGCUUUCAAUGCCCGCUAUGAAGAAUUAAGUCACUUGGCAGUGAGCAGGCAGAUUGCCUUGGAACAGCAGCUUCAGACCAUGCGGGAAAAUGACCAGAUGCUGCAGGUCUUGCAGGAAAACUUAGCAGAGCUGGAUAAACAGUUGGCCUCCUACUUGACUGAUAGAAUAGAUGCCUUCCAGCUGCCAUGGGAGGCCCAGAAAAUUCAAGCAGAAAUCACAGUUCAUGAAUCCACCUUAGAGGAGCUCAAGAAAAAUGCACGGUCACUGCCCUCAGCUUCUACUGAAUGCAGGUCCCCUCGUGGUGGAACUCAGCUGGAUGCCCUGCAGAGGAAACUCCGAGAGGUAUCCACAAAGUAUCAACUUUUCCAGAAACCAGCCAAUUUUGAACAGCGCAUGUUGGACUGUAAGCAGGCACUGGAUAGUGUAAAGGCAGAACUCCAUGUUUUGGAUGUGAAGGAUACUGACCCCGAUGUAAUCCAGUGUCACUUGGACAAGUGUUUGAAACUGUAUAAAACUCUAAGUGAAGUGAAGCUUGAGGUGGAGACUGUAAUCAAGACAGGAAGGCAGAUUGUACAGAAACAGCAAACAGACAAUCCAAAAGGAAUGGAUGAACAACUCACAGCACUAAAAGUUCUUUAUAAUGAUCUGGGUGCACAGGUGACUGAGGGGAAACAAGACCUGGAACGUGCGUUGCAGCUGGCGUGCAAAAUGAAGAAAGAAACUGUUUCUUUGUCAGAAUGGCUAGCCCUUACAGAGACUGAAUUAGUACAGAAGUCCACUUCAGAGAGUUCGCUUGCUGAUUUGGAUACAGAAAUUGGCUGGGCUAAAAAUGUACUGAGAGAGCUGGAAAGAAGGAAAGCUGACCUGAACACCAUCACAGAGAGCAGUGCAGCCCUCCAGGCCUUGGUGGAAGGCAGCGAGACUUCCCUGGAGGAGAAGCUCUGUGUUCUUAAUGCUGGCUGGAGUCGAGUUCGGACCUGGACUGAAGACUGGUGCAACACCUUGUUGAAUCAUCAGAGCCAGCUGGAAAUCUUUGAUGAGAAUGUUGCCCACAUAAGUACUUGGCUUUAUCAAGCUGAAGCCCUGCUGGAUGAGACUGAGAAAAAGCCAGUGAGCAAAAAGGAAGAAACAGUGAAGCGUUUAAUAUCAGAAUUGGAUGAUGUGAGUCUUCGAGUGGAUAACGUGCGAGACCAAGCUGUUAUCUUAAUGAACAGUCGUGGCGUGUCAUGCCGUGAACUCGUAGAACCGAAGCUGUCUGAACUGAACCGGAACUUUGAGAAGGUAUCACAGCACAUCAAAAGUGCUAAGAUACUUGUUGGUCAGGAACCCUUGUCUUAUAAAUUUCCUGUUGAGCCAGAACCCCAGGAACCUGGAGUGGCUUCUGCAGACCUUGACAAAUUUGAGAGUGAUUUACAAAACAUGUUAAAAGUUGUGGAAAAACACAUGGAAUCAAGUGAUGAAGAUGAAAAGAUGGAUGAAGAGAGAGCCCAGAUUGAGGAGGUUUUACGGAGUGGGGAGCAAGUGUUACAGCGGCCCAUGGAGGACAACAAGAGGGAGAAGAUCCGCUUGCAGCUGUUGCUUCUGCAGACAAGGCACAACAAUGUAAAGGAACUGAAGUCUUUUCAAAGGAGGCAGGUGGUGGAGCUCUCCCCUGCGUUUUCACAAUAUAAGAGAGAACAGGACAGUCUAUUGAACUGGCUGAACGAGACAGAGCACCAUCUGUCAGGACUGCAUGGAGAGGAAGAUGAACAAAAACUACAGGAACUGCUUCAGGAGCUCGAACAGCACCGUGAGGAAUUCACUGCUUUGCAAACGAAGAGCAGCAACCUGUCCCAAUAUGGCCCAGUUGGCGAAGCAGAGCACAUCAAUGUGUGUCAGCGCUGGCAACAAGUUGAAACCCAGUUUGCUGUAUGUCAACAGAUGCAGUUCAAACCUCAGGCGAUCCCUGUCCUGAGGUUAAAAGGCAACUAUCCAUCAGGAAUUACGGCUUCUCCUUUCCCUAAUGAAUACCUCGUUGAAAUUAACAGAGUUUUGCUGGCUAUGGCUGAUGUUGAACUGUUGCUGAAUGCUCCAGAGCUAAACACUGGUGUCUAUGAGGACUUCUCUACUCAGGAAGACUCAUUGAAGAACAUAAAAGAUGUUUUGGACAAACUUGGGGACCAGAUUGCAGUCAUUCAUGAGAAACAACCUGAUGUUAUACUGGAAGCAUCUGGACCUGAAGCAAUUCAAAUAGGAGAUGCACUAACACAGCUGAAUGCAGAGUGGGACAGGAUUAACAGGAUGUACAAUGAUCAGAAGUGUUGUUUUGACAGAGCAAUUGAAGACUGGAGGCAGUUCCAUUGCGAUCUCAAUGACCUCACACAGUGGAUAACAGAAGCUGAAGGGUUACUGGCUGAUGCCCACGCUGCAGAUGGUAGCCUGGAUUUGGAGAUAGCUGGGAUGCAUCAGCAGGAACUUGAAGAAGGAGUCAGCAGUCAUCAGACCAGCUUUUCAGCACUGAACAGAACUGGGGAAGGAAUCAUACAGAAACUCUCCACUACAGAUGGGAGCUUCCUGCAGGAAAAACUAGCGGGGUUAAAUAAACGCUGGAAAGCAAUUACUGCUGAGAUCAUGGAUAGACAACAGAGACUGAAAGGAGAGGAUCAGCAGCUAAUGGACUACAGGAAGAAGUUGGAUGAGUUUAGUUGCUGGUUGGAAAAUGUAGAAAAUUCCCUGGAAAUGAGACCUACAUUCAACCAUGAAGAAAACCUGCGAGAAUUAAAGGACUUAACUGAGGAAAUGGAAGUACAAGGAGAAAAACUGAAAUGGUUGAACAGAACUGAACCUGAGAUACUUUCAAAUAAAAGCGUUGGCUUUCAGGAAAAAGAGAGAAUUUCUGACACCUUAAGGACUAUCAGUAUGAAAUGGAACAAGUUGUUCAGAGAGGUACCUGACAGAGUGAGAGAACUUGAGGCGUAUGUUCAGCAGCUCCAUCUUGUGACCCAGGCAAAACCUUCUGUCUAUCCUGCUGUUCAAAACGUGGUGUUACUAUCCUCUCCUUUUGAAGCUCCUGUACAGACUCAGCAGGCUUUGGAACUUUCUGCACCUGCUGAUCUGGAUAAAACUACAACUGAACUGGCUGAUUGGCUGGCUUUGAUUGACCAGAUGCUCAAGUCGAACAUAGUCACUGUGGGAAAUGCAGAAGAGAUCAAUCGGACAAUUGCACGAAUGAAAAUAACAAAGGAGGAUUUAGAACAGCGCCAUCCUCAGCUGGAUUCUGUUUUUACUUUGGCUCAAAAUUUGAAAAAUAAAACUUCCAGUUCAGAUGUUAGGACAGUGAUCACAGAAAAAUUAGAGAAGGUCAAGAACCAGUGGGACAAUACUCAGCAUGGUGUGGAGGUACGGCAGCAGCAGCUAAAAUACAUGCUUUCUGACAGCAUGCAGUGGGAUGAGCAGAGGCAAGAAAUGGAACAGCUCAUAGGACAGUAUGAUAUCCGUCUACACAUGCUUCUGCAGGCUCCUAAAGAGACACUUAUCAAACAGAUUUCUGAAAACAAACUGCUAAUACAAGAACUGCAUAAAGGGGACUUAACUGUCGCUGCAUUCAAUGACCUCUCUAAUAAACUUCUUCUGGACUACAGUGAUGAUGACACAAGGAAGGUGAAAGAAAUCACUGAUAACUUAAACACAUCUUGGAUAAACCUGAAUCAAAGAGCUGGUGAUAGGCAGAAUGCCUUGGAUGUUGAACUGAAGAUAGUGCAAACCUUAGUCAAGGAUCUAGAGGGCUUUCUCAAGUGGAUACAAGAGGCAGAAACUACAGUUAAUGUCCUUGCAGAUGCAUCCCAGCGGGAGACUGCUCUGGAGGACAGUGCCUGUAUUGGGGAACUGAAAAAACAGAUGCAGGUUGGGAAUAAGGAGUUUUCUCCAACACGUCGUAUUUUUACCGUUAGUGGAGGGCAGGCUCUGAAGACCUUUUUCAGAAGAAAAUAUUAUGGCUCUGACAUCCAGGCUGAGAUUGAUGCCCACAAUGACAUCUUCAAAAGCAUUGAUGGAAACAGACAGAAAAUGGUAAAAGCCUUGGGAAACUCCGAGGAAGCGGCACUGCUCCAGCACCGUCUUGAUGACAUGAACCACCGCUGGAAUGACCUGAAAGCAAAGUCAGCAGGCAUCAGGGCCCACUUGGAGGCAAGUGCAGAAAAAUGGAAUAGGCUGCUGACAUCACUGGAAGAGCUAAUCAAAUGGCUGAAUGUGAAAGAUGAAGAGCUUAAAAAGCAGAUGCCCAUUGGAGGGGAUGUUUCAACUUUACAGCAACAGUAUGACCACUGUAAAGCACUGAGGCGUGAACUGAAGGAUAAAGAGCAAACCAUUCUGAAUGCCAUAGACCAGGCACGACUUUUUCUUGCUGACCAACCAAUUGAGGGCCCUGAAGAACCAAGAAAAAACCUGCACUCAAAAACGGAGUUGACCCCUGAGGAGAAAGCACAGAGAAUUGCCAAAGCUAUGCGCAAGCAGUCUUCAGAGGUGAAAGAGAAAUGGGAGAGCCUGAAUGCCAGUGCCAACAACUGGCAGAAGCUAGUGGACAAAGCGUUAGAGAAACUAAAAGACUUGCAGUGUGCCAUGGACGACCUUGAUGCUGACUUGAAAGAGGCUGAGAAUGUGCGAAAUGGCUGGAAACCAGUAGGAGAUUUACUGAUUGACUCAUUGCAGGAACACAUUGAGAAAACUACAGCUUUCAGAGAAGAGAUUGCACCAAUCAACUUGAAAGUUAAAACAGUGAAUGAUUUAUCUAGUCAGCUAUCUCCACUUGACCUUCAUCCAUCUUUAAAGAUGUCUCGCCAGCUGGAUGACCUUAAUAUGCGCUGGAAACUUUUACAGGUAUCUGUAGAGGAUCGCCUUAAACUGCUACAGGAAGCACACCAGGAUUUUGGCCCUACAUCUCAACAUUUUCUCUCCACUUCAGUUCAACUUCCAUGGCAGAGAUCUGUUUCACAUAACAAAGUGCCCUAUUACAUCAAUCACCAGACACAAACAACCUGUUGGGAUCAUCCUAAAAUGUCUGAACUCUUCCAGUCCCUAGCUGACUUGAACAACGUACGUUUCUCUGCAUACCGUACAGCCAUCAAAAUCCGAAGAUUGCAAAAAGCAUUAUGCUUGGACCUGUUGGAUUUGAACAGAACAAAUGAAGUUUUCAAAGAGCACAAGUUGAGCCAAAAUGACCAGCUCCUUGGUGUCCAGGAUGUGAUCAGUUGUCUCACUACUACUUACACUGGACUUGAAGAGAAGCACAAGGACCUGGUGAAUGUUCCUCUCUGUGUAGAUACGUGUCUCAACUGGCUGCUCAACGUGUAUGAUACGGGUCGGACAGGAAAAAUCAGGGUGCAGUCCCUGAAGAUCGGGUUGAUGUCUCUUUCCAAGGGUCUUCUAGAAGAAAAGUAUAGAUAUCUCUUUAAGGAAGUGGCAGGGCCUACAGAAAUGUGUGACCAGAGGCAGCUUGGCCUUCUGCUUCAUGAUGCCAUCCAGAUCCCCCGGCAGCUUGGAGAAGUAGCAGCUUUUGGUGGCAGUAAUAUUGAGCCCAGUGUUCGUAGUUGCUUCCAGCAGAAUCACAAUAAGCCGGAAAUUAGUGUAAAGCAGUUUAUAGACUGGAUGCGUUUGGAGCCACAGUCUAUGGUAUGGCUACCAGUUCUACACCGAGUGGCAGCUGCAGAAACGGCAAAACACCAGGCCAAGUGCAACAUCUGCAAGGAAUGUCCAAUUGUUGGCUUCAGGUACCGGAGCCUGAAACAUUUCAACUAUGAUGUCUGCCAGAGCUGUUUCUUUUCUGGCCGUACAGCUAAGGGCCAUAAAUUAAAUUACCCAAUGGUGGAGUAUUGUAUACCUACAACAUCUGGAGAAGAUGUACGCGACUUCACUAAGGUUCUGAAGAACAAGUUCCGGUCAAAGAAGUAUUUUGCUAAGCACCCACGACUUGGCUACCUUCCUGUGCAAACAGUUCUCGAAGGCGAUAACUUGGAGGCUCCUAUCACACUCAUCAGUAUGUGGCCAGAGCAAUAUGAUCCCUCCCAGUCUCCACAGCUAUUUCAUGAUGACACACACUCCAGGAUAGAGCAGUAUGCCACCAGGCUGGCACAAAUGGAAAGGACCAAUGGUUCCUUGUUGACCGACAGCAGCUCCACCACAGGAAGUGUAGAGGAUGAACAUGCCCUCAUCCAGCAGUACUGUCAAACUCUGGGAGGAGAGUCGCCUGUGAGUCAACCGCAGAGUCCUGCACAGAUCCUGAAGUCAGUGGAAAAGGAAGAACGGGGAGAGUUGGAGCGCAUCAUUGCCAACCUCGAGGAAGAGCAAAGGAGCCUCCAGGUAGAAUAUGAGCAGCUAAAGGAACAACAUCUUCAGAGAGGAAUAAACCCUCUUGCCUCCCCCCCAGACUCCAUUGUAUCGCCCCAGCACACUUCUGAAGAUGCUGAGCUCAUUGCUGAGGCCAAACUCCUAAGGCAGCACAAAGGUCGUUUGGAGGCCAGAAUGCAAAUAUUGGAAGAUCACAAUAAACAGCUGGAAUCUCAGCUUCACCGGCUACGACAGCUGCUUGAGCAGCCUGAAUCGGAUUCCAGAGUUAAUGGAGUCUCUUCUUGUGCUUCACCCCAAUAUUCUGCUCACAGCUACUCAUUUGAUCAGGACGCCAGCUCACAGUUUCAUCAGACAGAUGACUUCUUAGGCCCGCCUCAUGAUACCAGCACAGAUCUAACAGAUGUCAUGGAACAAAUCAACAGUACAUUUCCUACUUGCUGCUCAAGUCUCGCUGGCAGACAGCAGGCAAUGUGAAGUAUUCAUUUCGAAGGCAACCAACGCUUCCUGACCUGCAGCAUGGCCCUUUUCUACAAAUGCCAAUCACAAGUUCUGCUUAGUCAGAAGAUUGCAUGGGACCUUGGAACAUGCUGUUCAGCUCUGAUUGUGUGUUCUACUUGAAAUAGUAAAACACUGAAUACCCAAAGAUGAGGAAGUUGUGUUUUUAUAAUAUGUUCUUUUUUUCCUCCUUCUUCCUUUUCUAUGCAACUGUAAAUUAAUGAAUAGUGGAGUAUUUGGAAAUGAUUAUACAUUUGUCAUUGAUUUGUAUAAAUAUAUAGCAUUGGGAAAGGGGGCGGGGGCUUUAUAUACAUUCUUUUUAAUAACAGUAAAGAGAACUGCUUAGAGUUUGGAGCAAAAUGUGACAUUUAUACAUUCCUUUCAGUUCUUUGCAUUUCCAUUGCAAAAACAUUUAUUUUCUGACACACUUGCUGUUCUGUACAGGUUAUUUAUACUUGUGUCAACCAUCUAACCAGAUAGAUUUCUGAAGACCCUUCCGUUGUCUCCAAGAUUGGCAAAAUAACAAGUUCACAUAACUUGCACAAUUACUAUUUAACAAAAAAAUCAGUGGCAAUGUGUGAAGGCUAAGCUCCAUUUAACAAUUGUAGACCCUCUUUUAAAACUAAAGUAAUAAAUGCUAUGCAUCAAAAGGGCAUUUCAAGAUUUUAUGUUUGAUAAGUUUUGUUUUUUUGUUUUUAAGAUUUAUUUCAACUCAAAAAUCAGGAGAUAGCUACAUAAAGACUUAACAAUAUUUUAAGUUGUUUUAAUAGGAUCUCUCUAACUAAAUGCAAUUUUAUUUUCCCCCAGAGACAGAGCUUUGUUGUUCCAAGUUGUGCCAAACAUUUUUUUUAAAGCCUUGAUUCUCCAACUUGUAAAGUAACAACCAGUUACCAGGGAUCUUAUACAUAAGAUCUGAACGUACACAAUUUUUUUGUAUUCCUUUUGGAAAUGUCUGAUCAAUUAAGAAGCCCUCUCUAAUAAUAUCAGGGCUGGAACAUUUUCUUUAAACCAGUUCAGGACCUCUGGACAUUUUCAUUCAGUCUUGCUCUUUAUUUUUGAAAGGCUCAUUUGUUGUUCAUUUAUUUAUGUGCUUAAGGUAGGGAUAAUUUUGGGAAGAUUGUGUCACUGAUUUAGAAUACAAAUAUUCAAAUUAGCAAUCAGGUGAUGGGUUCUUCUGCCUUCACUGUUGAGUUUACAGUGUUGCAUGGACAUUUGUUUUAAUUUCAGAACACAUAUUCGAUUGGUAAACGGCAUGCAAUAAUCAAUUUUCAGAUAUAAUGAGAGGAAACAAAAUCAUAUCCUAAAAUAAUGUUGUUGAAGGAAAAUCUCGGAAUAGUCUUGAAAAGCUACAAAUUGGGUAAUUCUAUUGGUAUUCAUUCUAGAAGUUAUGCAGUUAAAACAUCAGGAUUUUUUAAUACCUGAUUAUCUUCACGGAGGUGGGGCCUACCAGAAUGUCCUACGUUCAUAAUUUUCACUCAUCAGUAUAUGCUUAAGGCAUGGUCUGAGCACAGGUUCUAAUCCCGACUCUGAUGCGGAUUCCAUCUGAAGCUGUGGGCAAGGAAUUUAACCAUUCUGCCUCAGUUGUCCCCAUCUGUAAAAUGGGAUGAGAAUACUUACCUACCUCUCAGAGGUGUUGAGGCUUAAUUAGCUAGUGUCUGUAAAGUGCUUUGAAGAUUAAAAGUGCUGUAUAAAUUAUAAGUAUUAUUAUUUUUGGAUGGGGGAAAUGGAGGAAUUGUCAAGGUGGGAUGGGGAGAGACUGGCUAUUAUAGGAUUCCUUCAUCUAGGAAAAAAUAUAUUUGUAGUAGAGUUAUUUUGAGAAGGAAAAUAGUUUUACAGAAGAGGAAAAGCCAUAACUGUCUUUCUACCUCAGACCCAUCUUCAUGAGUAGUAUGGAAAAUAGCUUUAUGCUCUGUUCUCUGCAACAUAUUUUGUUUUUACCAGGCCACAUCAUAUCAAAGCAAGAAAUCCUUUUAAAAAAUUCCCUGAAUUCAAAAGGUCUCACUGGUCAAUUUGGUGUCUUUUUUGUUCUGUCUGUGAAAGGUUAUAUAUAAAAUUGUUUUUCCGCCUGUGUUUGUAUGCAAGCUAUGUCCUCUACUCUGCUGCCAAGUAAAAGCUACUUAAAACACUACAUUGUAACAUUCUUCCUCAUAGACAAUAAUAAAUAAAAGGAGUAUAUUGCAGUAA